AUGAAAUGGGUAACGGUGAGAUCAGAGGGCUUGCCACCAGACCCUCGAUACGACUGUGGGCUAGCGAUCCAUGGGAAUGUCGUGAUUGUUGUAGGUGGCAUCGUCGGCAAGCUACGCCUAAACGACUUGCACACUUUAGACCUCGCAGCAAAGCCGUCGCCUCGAUGGGCUCAACCACCGAUUAGCGGUACGCCACCACCGUCAGGUCACCUGCUCCAGAUAUUCGUCCUUGGCGACGAUUUGUAUGCGAUCGGUGGCACAAUUGAUGGAAAAUUUCUAACAGAACUUCACCAGCUCAACGUCAAAGAAUGGAAGUGGGAUAAGCUUGAAGUUGCCGGAAACCCUCCGUCAAUGCGAUACUGGUACUCGCUGGCAGUGUUGCAGGGCAUGGCUAUCUUGUACGGGGGUUACGGGCAUCCUCAGCGACUUAGCGAUACGUUUGCGCUUCGAUUUGGCACAAGAAUUCCGACAUGGGUGGAGCUGCGGCCUCGAGGUGAUAUCCCGGGACCGUCCUCAACGCAUUCUGUGUGCGUUAUAAAAGACCGCAUGUACAUUUUCGGAGGAUACGACGGCAAAUACCGUCGUGGUCAAGUAUUUGCUUUUGAAAUUGUUAGUAUGACAGAUGGUAUCUGA